CAUCAACAUGGCUUAUGCUUCCUCUGGAUCCGACGACUUACGCACCUUCGAAGAACAAGCCGAUACAAGAUCGAUAACAAACCGACGCCGACCCACCGACGAAUCCAUCGAAUACAAAUCAAAAAACCUCCAUGCAGAGAGACGACGGAGACAGAAACUCAGCGAUAGGCUACUAUUACUUCGCGCCACCGUUCCAAUCAUCACAAAUAUGAAUAAAGCAACGAUUAUCGAGGAUGCUAUAACGUACAUCAAGCAGCUGCAGAAGAGGGUUAAUAUUCUAAAAGACCAGCUUGUGGAAUUGGAAGGCUCAGCUGAAAAAACUCCAUGGCCAACAAUACCACAAGAUAGUACAACCCCGACGCAAUCGAAUAAAGGUUAUAUUCAGGCAGACGUGAGCGUUUCGCAAAUCGACGAACACAAACUAUGGAUUAAAAUACUUUUCGAGAAGCGAAAAGGCGCAUUCACUAAAUUAAUUCAAGCCAUGAAUUCUGUAGGGUUUGAGCUCACUGACACUAGUGUCACAACCGUACAAGGAGCUGUUCUUGUGACCACCCUUAUCAAUGGAAUUUGUACGUCAACAGCGCAGCAAACUGAGGACUUGCUGCUGGGUAUCGUUAAUGCAUGCAUUUGAGAUAUUGAUACUCAUUCAGCAACUUUUAAUAUAAUUUAGUAUACACAUAU